GAGAAGUUAAACGACUGGCCUUAAUUCCUUGUAACAGUAACUUCCUGCUUGUCACCACACCUACUGAUACUGACAGCGCCCACAGUUGAAAUGCAGCUUGGAAGUGCGAGUGAACUCAUGUGAAAGAAAUUUUGGGAACAGUAAAAUUACAGAAAGGUUCUCUCAGUUUGAAUGUAGCCGUUCCAGGGUCCAUUCCAUAUGCUGAGGCUACACAUCAUCUUCAUCUUCAUCUUCACGUGCAGGGUGGGAGCAGAUACAGAGGAAGCAUGUCCAGCAUUCACAGGUCUCAGUAUAAGCAGUGCUUUGACAGGAACAGACCUGAAGGUGAAACUACUGCUGUACACAAGACAAAACCAGCAUUGUGCUGAAACUCUCAGUACAGUGGCCUCCAACUAUCUGAAUGUGACCAAGAAAUCCAUCUUCAUUGUCCAUGGAUACAGACCCACAGGCUCUCCCCCAGUAUGGAUCCAAGAUAUAAUAAAGCUUUUGCUUUCUAUUGAAGAUGUCAACAUAAUUAUUGUAGAUUGGAAUCGGGGAGCCACAACUCUCAUAUACCAUAAUGCUUUUAGAAAAACCAGGAAGGUUGCUGAAUUCUUGAAGGAGCGUAUUGACCGAAUGUUGGCUGAAGGAGCAUCACUUGACUCUAUCUAUCUGAUAGGAAUUAGCCUUGGUGCACAUAUCUCUGGGUUCGUGGGACAGAUGUAUAAUGGUAGACUUGGGAGAAUCACAGCACUUGACCCAGCAGGACCCCUGUUCCGUGGGAAACCCCAUAGCGAGAGGUUAGAUCCUUCAGACGCCCAGUUUGUGGAUGUCAUCCAUUCUGACAUUGAUGGACUAGGUUACAGAGAAGCCCUAGGACACAUAGACUUCUAUCCCAAUGGAGGAACUGACCAACCCGGCUGUCCGCAAACAAUAUUUUCAGGAUCGCAAUAUUUCAAAUGUGACCAUCAGAGGUCUGUUUUCCUGUUCCUGUCAUCCUUGAAAAAGAGCUGCAACAUCACUGCUUACCCAUGCGACUCAUACAGAGAUUACAAGAACAGCAAAUGUACCAGCUGCAAUAUUUUCCAGCCUCUGCCAUGCCCAGUACUGGGAUACUAUGCUUAUGAAUGGAAAAGCCAUUUAACGCAAAAGGAUCCUCCAGUGACUAAAGCCUUUUUUGAUACAGCUGACAAAGAACCAUUUUGCAUUUAUCAUUACUUUGUGGAUGUCAUUACCUGGAACCAAAAUAUGAGGAGAGGUUCCCUCACAAUUAAAUUGACCGACCAAGCUGGAAACACAGCAAAAUCCAGAAUCAACCAUGAAGCUGCAGUUUUUCAACAACACAGACAAACUAUUUUGCUAACUGGAUUUGACCAGGAUCUGGAUGAAGUACAAAGAAUGUCCUUGACAUUUUCCACAGGGACUGUAGUAGGCCCAAAGUACAAACUCAGGAUUCUCCAAAUGAGGUUAUGGUCAAUUUCAAAUCCGGAAAGACCCGCGCUGUGCAGAUACGACCUGGUCUUGAUGGAAAAUGUUGAAAUCGGCUUCAAACCUAUUCCAUGUGAAAGCAGGCCAACAUGAAGCAAAGCAGCCUUGGGGGGAAAGUAAUCUUAUAUUGAAAACUGCGUGCACAUCCCAGAUGGCAGGAGAACGGUAGGAAAAGAGGCCUUGUUUUUUUGGAAGGUGUCUUAGACUCUAACUGUCUCCUAUACAUGUCCAGCUACAGCACACAGUUCACUUUCUCUCCUGUCCACAUAGCAGUAUGCAGAUGCGUUUCUAGUGGUAUCAUAGAAUUAAUAACACCUUAUGCCCAAACAUCUUCCAGACAAGUCACUGGAGGAGAAGCCACAGAUAUUGCAGGAGACUGCUGUAUUCAGUUUCCAAACCAGCUAUCUUCAUUUUGACUGACAAUCGAUUACUUCUAAAAUACUGCUCUUUUAAUUAUUUAUUCUGUGGUUUGAUUCUUAAUAAAGCUUUGCCUCAGGGGCAUGCAUGUGAUGUGUGAUUCUGAGGAUGCUUACAAAAAGUACAGGUUAUUUCAGAAGGAAACGACUGCUCUUUGUGGGUCUCAGAAUAGGAUUCUCCUUUCACAAAUUUGCCAAGCAGGCAUAGGAAAGCUGAAAAACAAAGCUAAGAAUGCCACACCUGGCACAGGUUGAUACUUCAUUUGUGUCGCAUCGCUUUCAUCAGAACUACUGAAGAAGGAUUCAGCAUUACAUGUACCGAUCAUUGCUUCUGUUCUGUUGGGAACAACUUAAGAAAUUAAAUGCUCCAUUGUGCACAAUGCAAGUUUUGAAGUGUGCCAUUUGGGUUGCUAUGUCAGUCAUUUACACGAAAACACAAUCUUCAACACAGUGAAAUCAGACUAGAGACCACCAGCAUCACAAACUGGAACCCUCAUGCAUCCAGGAGACCUUCCCACCCACACAAGGCUGAGGAACUAUAUUUUGUGGCUCACAGCAGGGCUCGGGGGCUGUGGGUGGGAAGUGAGAGGCACUGGCAGGGCUGGGGGCUGUGGAUUGGGAGUGAGGGGCAAUGGCAUAGGCAAGGCAUCAGCAUAUCAGGGCUGCUCAGUGCCACAAAGCAGUAGCGGGUGGGGACAGCUCCAGCUGGACCCACGUCCUGGUGAGUGAAGGGGGCAGGAGAAGCUCUGAUUUUCCAUGAUAAAAAAACCCAAAAUCAAAUGCCAAAAUUUAUAAGUAUUAAGAAUGUCUUUUAUUAUAGCGAUUGAGGCCCUGGUAGGCUUCCAAAUUGCUUUACAAUUGUAAAUAUAUCAAUAAAACAUUGUGUUCAAAUGAUA